AUUUAUCUAGCAAUACAGCGCAGAUAGCAUUUUGUCCAUCAGCCUGCGCCAUUGUUGUCUGUCGUGAAAGCUAGCUACAUCUCAUAGCUAGCAAAACAUCGCGCUAUGCAGAAUGAAUAAUGUCUGGCUAGUUCUCCAGCACCGUCAAGCUCGCACUCAAUUAUAGUGUAGUUUACGCUGUCUGUUGUAGUAAUAAGCACAAAAUCAAGUGAGCGUACUAUUGGCCCAUGCAAUGUCAAUGUGGACAAACUGCUUGCUAGCUAACGUUAGCCAAGUCAGGUAUUGUUGUGACAGUGUGGUCUGGGGUUGGGUGGUUCUAACAAAAACACACGACAAAUAUGAAAGGGACGAACACGAGAAAGUAAGUAAGCUAUACAGAGUCAGUGCCAAUAGCAUAUUGACAUUGUGCAGGGAUACUGGCGUGGCAGAGGUAGGCAUGUGCAGAGGUAAGGUGACUAGGCAUCAGGCUAUAUGAUUAGACAGCAGCGUAUAUUAUGUGUGUGUGUGUCAGUGUGAAUGUGUGUGAGCAAAUUACGUGUACGUGAGUCCUUUGGGUGUGCGUAGUCAGUGCUAAAAUAAAAGGUCCUGAUGGCAGGGAGCUCGACUCCAGUGAUUUACUAGGCUGUCCACACCACCCCCUGUAGUGCCAUGCGAUUGAGGGCGGUGCAGUUUCCAUUACCAAGCAAUGAUGCAGCCAGUCAAUUAUGCUCUCAAUGGUGCAGCUGUAGAACUCUUUGAGGGCCCAUGCCAAAUACUUUCAACCUCCUGAGGGGGAAGAGGUGCGGUCUCGCCUUCUUCAUGACUGUGUGUGGACCAUUUUAAUAAGUACCUAAGUGAUUUGGGCACCGCGGAACUUGAAGCUCUCAACCCGGUGUGGAUGGAGGCGUGCUCGCCCCCUGUUUCCUGUAGUCCAUGAUAUGCUCCUUGGCCUUUCUGAGGUUGAAGGAGAGGUUGUUGACCUGGUCACUUCCUCCCUGUAGGCCAAGUGUUCCCAAACGUUUUGGGCCUGCGACCCCGUUUUGAUAUCAUUUUGUUUGGGUGACCCCCCCACCCAUGUGAAAAAAUGUAUGUAAUCAAUGGCCAAUGUUUACUUUUGUAAUUUGGGCUAUGACAGACAGUCUGACAGUAUUUUUUACAGUAUUUCAAUCUGAAGACAGUAUGGUUUGAAGUGACUAACAUGCAUCGGAAAGGUAUUUAGAAGUUCAGAAGAUCACCAGGCAAUAAUGUUUUAUGAUCGUUGAUGAUAUUCUUGUCCACCAGUCUGAUUUAGUGCCUGGUCUUGUCCAUUCGGUUCUAAUGGCUUGUGGGCAGAGUAGAGGGAAACAGUAUGUACAUAGAUGUUCCUGAGAGUCGUAUCUUUCAGUGAUGGGGUCAUAAUACUUUGUAGCUUAAACCUUUGAAAAGAUGGAGCCACGUUUGUAGGAAGAAAACAGAAACCGGUCUUUUUAUUACAACCACAUCCAGCGGCUAUCGGAGGUUUCUGACCUAACCCCGGUUCUAUGAACCAAGUGCAAAAAUUAUCUCCUCACCACGUUUUCAAGUCAGGUGACCCCCUCAUGGGGUUGCGACUCCUAGUUUGGGAAACCCUGCUGUAGGCUGUCUCAUCAUCACCGGUGAUCAGGCCUACCGCCGUCGUGUCGUCAGCAAACGUGAUGAUGGUUUUGGAGUCGUGCACGGCCACGCAGUGGUUGGAAACUACCUCCGUAUGUUCAGGGGCUCUCUGUAUAAAAGGUACCCAUCACUCUGGAGGAGGUUAGCCUCAGUAGAGGAAAGGAAGAAGAUUGUAGCAUCAUCACACGCCACAAGUGUGACUCUGCUGAAGGCGUCCGAAUGUGAAGAGAUCUUUGAGGGGAAUGAUGAGAAGUACAAAGCGGUUUCCAUAAGCACAGAGCUACCAGCGUACCUCAGGGAGCAGAAGGCGAAGAGGAGCAGCCAGUGGGUACCCACGCUGCCCAAUAGCUCCCACCACCUGGACGCUGUGCCCUGCUCCACCACCAUCAACCGCAACCGCAUGGGCCGCGACAAGAAGAGGACCUUCCCCCUGUGCUUUGACGACCACGACCCGGCGGUGAUCCACGAGAAUGCGUCUCAGGCCGAGGUGUUGGUUCCCAUUCGUCUGGACAUGGAGAUUGACGGGCAGAAGCUUCGAGAUGCCUUCACCUGGAACAUGAAUGAGAAGCUGAUGACUCCGGAGAUGUUUGCUGAGAUCCUGUGUGACGACCUGGACCUGAACCCCCUGGCCUUUGUCCCAGCCAUCGCCUCAGCUAUCCGUCAGCAGAUAGAGUCCUACCCCACAGACAGCAUCCUGGAUGAACAGACCGACCAGAGGGUCAUCAUCAAGCUGAACAUCCACGUUGGGAACAUCUCCCUGGUGGACCAGUUUGAGUGGGACAUGUCGGAGAGGGAGAACUCUCCGGAGACGUUUGCCCUGAUGCUGUGCUCCGAGCUGGGCCUGGGAGGAGAGUUUGUUACUACCAUUGCCUACAGCAUCCGCGGCCAGCUCAGCUGGCACCAGAGGACGUACGCCUUCAGUGAGAACCCCCUGCCAACGGUGGAGAUUGCCAUCCGCCACACAGGCGACGCUGACACAUGGUGCCCUCUGCUGGAGACCCUGACAGAUGCAGAGAUGGAGAAGAAGAUCAGGGACCAGGACAGGAACACCAGGCGAAUGAGACGACUUGCCAACACUGCCCCCGCCUGGUAGAGAGAAGCACCAAUAAGCUACUACAGAGCCUCUAGUCCAGUGGUUCCCAACCUUUUUGAACCGUGGCACACCUUGAUGGGAUAUACAAUUCUGCGGCACACCAAAAAUAUCCCUAUUAAUUUAUUUAGUGGUAAUGACCUCCAUCUGAUUUAUAUUGCAUAUCAUCUAUUUUCUGUGACAAAUGUUUAUUAAAUAGGGUUUGUGUUAAGUAUUUUCAUAGUUCCUUACACAUGAUGGUUCACUUGUGUAUACCCCUUUAAGAGCAUCCCGCAAAUCUGAGCCAGAAAGAAUAAAAUGUAGGUAUUGGGUAAAUAGGUAUUUAGUUUUGAACGGUCUGUGCUAGAGGUGCAACCACGGACACAAAGCCAAGUUCCGUUUGUUUUUAUGGCAAGAGGCUGUGGUAUAGCUAAGCCCAGAGCCAUAUAUUAAGAAAUAAAUUACUCUCGCUAAGCCUAAUUAAUCAAAUUUACAAGCGCUAAUGGUUAUCACAGACUCAGUAAAAUAAUAAAAAUGACUUUGCUCGUGAUGCGAGCCCCUCAAAUGAUACAAAAGUAACAGCCUGAGCGCACUGGACUUGGAACAACGAUACAGAUGUAACAAUGUACCAUUUAAUGUAUUAUCUGACUUGCACAGGUGCUCCCUGCUUCUAGUCAGCCAACAGUCAACUCCUAUGGGCCCUCUGUGGAGACACACACAAACAAACGUGACAAUAGACAUUCAACUGGUCCCUUCUUACAGCCCCCAUAAUAUUAAACUAACUCUAUGCUUGAUUGUCAUGCUAAUCCAGUACCAAUGUCACAUCUCUACUCCCAUUAAUUAGAAAAAUGACAUCUGAUCCCAGAUCAGGGACUGUUCAAGGAGCCUUAUCCAUUUCUAGCCCCUCUAGUGGUUCAACCGCUACUCCUUUCUGAUGAGAUGAGGCGACGUGGUAUAUAAAAGGUGCCAUGGGUAAGAGUGUAUUUGUCCGUAUGAAAUGUAGCCUUUGUCGAUUCUACGGACUCACCAUCUAAGUGAGCUCUACCUAUAAUACUGCUUUGAUGCACUCAUAUCUCUCAUGAUAGACAAUGCUGACUUGAUCUGUCUGUUAAUAGAAACACUCUUUUAGUACAUUUUUUUGUUUUUAGUUUCCUUUUUUAAUGAAAUAACAUAAACCAGAUAUUUGAAAUGAAUAUUAUAUGUUGCUCUACAAAUUCUUGUUGAGUCAGCAAGUUGCACAAUCAAGUGGGCUAUUAUUAUUUUUCACUGUGAGGCACAGUGCAUUCGGAAAGUAUUCAGACCCCUUGACUUUUUCCACAUUUUGUUAGUUACAGCCUUAUUCUAAAAUGGAUGAAAUUGUUUGUUUUUUUUCACUCAAUCAUCACACAAUACCCCAUGAUGACAAAAUGAAAAACAGGUUUUUAGAAAUGUUUGCAAAUGAAUACAAAAAACCCCAGAUACCUUAUUUACAUAAGUAUUCAGACCCUUUGCUAUGAGACUUGAAAUUGAGCUCAAGUGCAUCCUGUUUCCAUUGAUCAGCCUUGAGAUGUUUCUAGGACUUGGAGUCCACCUGUGGUAAAUCAGUUGAUUGGACAUGAUUUGGAAACGCACACACCUGUCAAAUCAGAUUGUAUUAGUCACAUGCGCCGAAUACAACAUGUAUAGACCUUACAGUGAAAUGUUUACUUAGCCUGGUCGCAAAUUAGUCUUCCAAAUGGACAAUGACCCCAAGCAUACGUCCAAAGUUGUGGCAAAGUGGCUUAAAAAGGACAACAAAGUCAAGGUAUUGGAGUGGCCAUCAAAGCCCUGACCUCAAUCCUAUAGAGAAUUUGUGGGCAGAACUGAAAAAGUGUGUGUGCGCAAGGAGGCCUACAAACCUGACUCAGUUACACCAGCUCUGUCAGGAGGAAUGGGACAAAAUUCACCCAACUUAUUGUGGGAAGCUUGUGGAAGGCUACCCGAAACAUUUGACCCAAGUUAAACAAUUUAAAGGCAAUGCUACCAAAUACUAAUUGAGUGCAUGUAAACUUCUGACCCACUGGGAAUGUGAUGAAAGAAAUAAAAGCUGAAAUAAAUCAUUCUCUCUACUAUUAUUCUGACAUUUCACAGUCUUAAAAUAAAGUGGUGACCUAAGACAGGGUCUUUUUACUAGGAUUAAAUGUCAGGAAUUGUGAACUGAGUUUAAAUGUAUUUGGCUAAGGUGUAUGUAAACUUCCGACUUCAAUUGUAUGUCAUUUUGGAGUCCCUUUUAUUGUAAAUAACAAUAUAAUACAGUGCCUUCAGAAAGUA